AUGGCAAUCGUGAGAUCCUUAAUCGCGCUUAAUUGCGAUAAUCGCAUUGAUUACUUGCGAUCACUCCCUCACUCUCAACUUCAACGGAGUGUAAAAAUGUCACAAACAUUCCUCUUCUACCGAACGAGGAUUGAGACCAAGAAACCUGGCUCAGUUCUCAAAGUCCGCACAGUCCCUGGUAACCCCGUCGACGAUUACCGGACCCUCAGCAUUCUUUAUCGCACAACUGACAGUAACGAGAAGCCUACCUACGCUGUUACCACCGCGUUUCACAACUACGAUCCGCCGACGUUAAUGAUAGCCCGAGUUAUAUAUAUAAUCCAUAACGACACCUAUAUGAUCAACAUCGGGGGCUUCAACCUGCCGGAAGAAAUCAGUCAAGGCGAGGAAUACAUCAAGGCAUAUCUCGAGCAAGGAUGGUUCGUCAACUUUCCUGACUACGAGGGCGCAACGGCCGCUUUCGACGCAGGGCGCAUGGCGGGCUACGCCACCCUCGACUCCAUUCGCGCGACACUUAGUACCAUCUGCGCCAUUGGAAUCCCCAAACCUAUGCUCUACGACCCACCUCGGCCCAAAGUCGUCAUGUACAGUUAUUCCGGCGGCUCUAUCGCGACCCGGUGGGCUGCGAUAAUGCAGGCAACAUACGCUUCCGAAUUGAACAUAUCUGGCGCGGGUGUAGGGGGCUUGUUCCCCAAUAUAAAAGAUACGAUCGGGAAUCUUCCCGGCUUCUAUAUCCGAUCGUUGAUAAAGGGUCUUGCGACUAUGCACCUAGAAGCCCAGCCGGUGGCUAUGAACGUUUUUGGGAAUGUCACGUGGGACCAUGCGGUGGAUCGUCUGAAGUACCCUCUCAAUCUAGAAAAACCUAUGGUCCAAAAACUUCGCCAUGGUACGCCGAAGAUACCAUCGUUUUUCCACCACGCUGACGCCGACGGAUAUAGCACAACUAAGGACACACAGCAGCUAAGAGACGAUUACUGCCAGCAGAGCGCUAUUGUAUAUCUACAUGUCAACAACGCUAUUCCUACUGUCCUUCCAGCUUCUUAUUCACAUAUGUUGGAAGGUAUUGCGGCCAGUGGCAGUCAGAAAUUUGUAGACAUUGUUGAGCGAUACAAAGAGCUCCUCAAAUUACGCAAAAUGCAACUAGACCCCAGGACUACGACAAUACGGCUGGACAUGACGCAGUACCAAUGCUCUUGGAUGACAUGCUCCAUCCUGGUAGGAUUCGGGGAAGCAAUGGAAGAUACGGCUGGCGUCCAGUUCGUUGUCGUUUCUUCCUUCGUCCUGUUCUUCUGCCUCGCCUUACACCUCUUUUGGAAUAGAAGCUCUUAUUUUGCGAUAAGAUUAGAAAUGUAUUCCUAA